UCAAGAAACCAAAAAGAAGAAAAAAUUGGGAGUUAAUAACAAGACUCCCCUUCUCUUUCUCCCCCUCCCUCUCCCUCUCCCUCCUACGAUCCUUCCGAGCUCUCAGAGGAAAAUCUUUUUCCUCGCUUUCCUUUUGGGGUCUUCCUUCCUCUCCUUUAAAACUUUCUCUUCCUCCGCUGGCUGUUAUUUCUCCUUCUGCGUCUCCGCCCUAUCGCCAGAGCUCCAGGGGGAAGGAAAUCUGUUUCCAAGUGGGAAAAGGGAAUCCCCCCGCUUCCGUUUUCCCCUCCCCCGGACGAGUCUCUAUUUAUUUUUGUGGCUUUCCUGCUCCGGGAAGCCGGUGCUUCCGUUUUUUGAGGGUUGGAGUUUUCCGCUAGGAGGGAAGGAGGCUGGUUUUCGCUGUUGGGGAGUCGCUGUUAGGGUUAGAAUGAAGAAAGGGAGGGUGGAUCAGGCGUCGGUGACGCGGAAACGGAGGUUCCUCUGCUUAUUGUUCUUUGGCGGGGCCGCCUACCUCCUUUUCUUCAGCUUUCUUGAGGUGCCGGCCCUGCUGCGGAGCGGGGCCGGGGUCGGAGCCGGUGGCGAUGAGAUCGCGGAUACGGACGGGAUAUGGAGCGUCGACGGGCGGCGGAUGCUCCGGCGGGGAAUAGAGGACGAGCCGCGUAGGAGCCAGGAGGAUUGGGAGAAAAGGGAGGCGCCGUCCAGGCCGAGGGAGGUAGCUUUUAGGGUCACUCAGGGCUCCGUUAACACACCGACGUCGGCGUCGGAGAGGGACGCAGCUCAGCUGUCGCCACAUGGGCGACGGAUGCGGGAGUUUUCUAUCGUCUCGAGUCUAGCCCUUGUCGUGGACGCGAAGAAUUCUUCUUCUUCCGAUCCAUUGUCGUCUUCUGGUGAUAGAGGGUUCACCGAGCUUCAGAAAUCGGCAGCGCAUGCCUGGUUAUUGGGGAAGAAGCUGUGGGAGGAACUUGAGUCUGGUGUGACCGCUGCAGAAGCAGAGGAAAAGAUUGACUCUCGGGCCGCGGCCAUAGAGUCGUGUCCUCACUCAAUCACGCUGACGGGGUCAGAAUUCUCAGAGAAAGGGAAGAUCCUCUUCCUCCCUUGCGGAUUGACACUGGGUUCGCAUAUCACACUGGUGGGAACGCCCCGUCCUGCUCACCCAGAGUAUGAUCCGAAGAUUUCCGCUCUCAGGGACGGAACGGAAUCGGUGCUCGUUUCGCAGUUCAUGCUGGAGCUUCAGGGGCUGAAGACAGUCGACGGUGAAGACCCGCCGAGAAUCCUGCACUUCAACCCAAGGCUGAAGGGCGAUUGGAGCGAUAAGCCGGUGAUUGAGCUCAAUACUUGUUACAGAAUGCAGUGGGGGACUGCUCUUCGCUGCGAGGGAUGGAAAUCUCGGUCCGACGAAGAAACGGUUGAUAGUCUUGUGAAGUGUGAGAAGUGGAUUCGAGAUGAUGAUGAUCAUUCCGAGGAAUCAAAGACUACUUGGUGGUUAAACAGGUUAAUUGGACGAACCAAGAAGGUUACUUUUGAUUGGCCAUACCCAUUUGUGGAGGAUAAGCUGUUCGUUCUCACUCUUAGCGCUGGUUUAGAGGGCUACCAUAUCAAUGUUGACGGAAGGCACGUGGUGUCUUUUCCUUAUCGCACCGGGUUUGUUCUUGAAGAUGCAACUGGAUUGUCGCUGAACGGAGACGUUGAUAUUCAAUCUGUUUUUGCUGCGUCAUUGCCUACUUCUCAUCCUAGUUUUGCACCACAGAGGAAUCUUGAGAUGUCCGAGAAGUGGAUAGCACCUCCAAUACCUGAUGGCCCGGUGGAACUGUUUAUUGGAAUUCUGUCUGCUGGCAACCAUUUUGCUGAACGCAUGGCAGUUAGGAAGUCUUGGAUGCAAUCUAAAUUAAUCAAAUCCUCAAGGGUGGUAGCACGUUUCUUUGUUGCAUUGCAUGGCAGAAAGGAGGUGAAUGUCGAGCUUAAAAAGGAAGCUGAAUUUUUUGGUGAUAUCAUAAUUGUGCCGUUCAUGGAUAGCUACGAUCUUGUUGUUUUGAAGACUGUUGCCAUCUGCGAGUAUGGGGUGCGUGCUGUCUCUGCUAAGUACAUCAUGAAAUGUGAUGAUGAUACAUUUGUUAGAGUAGAUGCUGUGAUUAAGGAAGUAAAAAAGGUUGCAGAACACAGUAGCGUGUAUGUUGGGAACAUGAAUUACUACCAUAAGCCAUUGCGCUUUGGUAAAUGGGCUGUAACAUAUGAGGAAUGGCCUGAGGAAGACUAUCCACCAUAUGCCAAUGGCCCCGGAUACGUAGUGUCAUCUGACAUUGCAGAGUUUGUGGUGUCGGAGUUUGAGAAGCACUCGUUGAGGUUGUUUAAGAUGGAAGAUGUGAGCAUGGGCAUGUGGGUUGAGCGGUUCAAUGCCUCGGCGCCAGUUGAGUACCUCCACGACUUGAAGUUUUGUCAGUUUGGUUGCAUCGACGACUACUUCACGGCACACUACCAAUCACCUAGACAGAUGAUCUGCAUGUGGGAUAAAUUGCAGAAGGGAAGAGCACAAUGCUGCAACAUGAGAUGAUACUGGGUCAGAGUUUUAGUGCCUCGGCAUGAGUUUUGUAUAUUUCCUUGGGGUGGUGCCAAAGCCGGGGCUUCCCUUCCCUGUAGCUCUGCCGCCCCUUUACAGGUCGCCGCCCGCUCCAUUCAUUUAAUUUUUUUUUCUCCCCCUCUCCUUGAGAAAUCUUAGAAGCCCGGCACACAGAUCCAGCUACCAGAACGAGCGAUCAAAUGCUUAUUGUCCAUGUAUACUUGUCUUGUGAGAAUUCCAGUUGGUUGGAAUACGAGAAUUCUAGUUUUUACUCAUUUUGAAGUAUUGAAUUAGUCUCACCUUUCCGUGGAUGUAAA